AUGUCUACGAUUGCAUCUGAGUAUGGGGCAGAGAUGAAUUCUGUCCCAAUCGAGCAUAAAUUUAAUCCCUAUUCCGACAAUGGUGGUACAGUACUAGGUAUUGCUGGUGAAGAUUUUGCCGUUUUGGCGGGUGACACGAGAAUCGUGUCAGGAUACUCCAUAGACUCACGUUACGAACCAAAAAUCUUUGACGUUGGCGACGAUAUUGUGAUGACGGCCAACGGCUUCGCCGCUGAUGGUGCCGCUUUAAUUGAUAGAUUCAAGACCCAGUACAAAUGGUACAAGUUUGACAACAACAACAAGAAGUUAACGAUCAAGUCUGCCGCUAGAUUUAUUCAGCAUUUACUAUACGGUAAAAGAUUCUUCCCUUAUUAUGUUAGCACCCUUAUUGCAGGUUUAGAUGAGGAAGGAAAAGGAGCCGUCUAUUCUUAUGACCCUGUUGGCUCAUAUGAAAGAGAGCAGUGCAGAGCGGGAGGAGCCGCUGCGUCGUUAAUAAUGCCCUUCCUUGAUAAUCAAGUCAACUUCAAAAAUCAAUAUGUUCCGGGAACUGAUGGCAAAGAGAAAAAGCCUUUACGAUACUUGAGCUUAGAUGAAGUGCUUAAAUUAGUGAAGGAUGCGUUCACUUCAGCUACAGAAAGACACAUCUACGUUGGUGAUGGUUUGGAGAUCUUUAUUGUGACGAAGGAGGGUGUGAAGAAAGAAUACUACCCAUUGAAAAGGGAUUGA